AUGGCAUUGAAUAGAAUUCAGUUGGUAAAAUGGCUAGAAGAUGUGACGCUGUGUGAGAAAGAAGCCUGUACAUUUGAGGUGGUCCUCAGUCAUGCGUACGUCCAGGGUCAAUGGAGCAGGGAUGGGGUACCACUUAAAUCCAGGCCUGUUUGUCGAAUUGCCACGCAGGGCAAAAAACACACACUCACACUCACGCGCAUCACGGUUGCUGACAUGGGUGUCAUCUGUUUCAAGGCUGAAGGGAUUGAAAGCUCUGCUAUGCUGACAGUCACAGCCAGGAAUAUAAAUAUUGUGAAGGCUCUUCAGAAUGUCAGUGUGACCGAGAGGGAGAGCGUGACAUUUAUCUGUGAGGUCAACUGGGAAGAUGUGGAUGGGAAGUGGUACAAGGAUGACACCCGGUUGAGAGCUGGGGACAAUGUUAAAAUAAAAUGUGAAGGUAAAAUACACUCCCUAACCUACAAAUCAGUCAAACCAGAAGAUGCUGGUGAGAUCAGAUUCACUGCUGAGAGGGUCUCUUCAACAGCAACACUGGGAGUCAAAGAGCUUCCAGUUCAUAUUGUGAAGCCCCUGAGAGUGAAGAUCGCCAUGUACAAACAUCGUGCCUUGCUGGAGUGCCAGGUCUCUCGUGCCAAUGCUGUGGUUAAAUGGUACAGAAGAAAUCAUGAAAUUGUGCCAAAUAGGAAGUACCAAACUAUCAGUGAAGGCGUGUACCGACAGCUUAUCAUAGAUGAUGUGGGAUCUUCAGAUGAAGACACUUUUACCUGUGAUGCUGUCGAUGACAGGACUUCCUGCCAGCUGUUUGUAGAGGAGCAGGCCAUCAGCAUUUUGAAAGGACUCAGUUCUGUGGAGGUCAUGGAGCCUAAAGAGGCUCGUUUUAAAGUGGAAACAAGUAUUAAGUUAGAGAGGGCACCCAAAUGGACCCUGAAUGGGCAGAUACUAUGUCCCUGUCCAGAAAUCCGGAUUGAGAGGCAAGGAACAUCGAACAGACUCAUUUUCACUCAAACCGACAGUAGUAUGUGUGGCACUGUGCAGUUCACCUCAGGGAAGAGCAAGUCAGAAGCUCAACUCACAGUUACAGAGCGCCCUUUGAUUGUCAAACAGCCCAUUUCUGAUGUAGAGGUGAAGGAGAACAGGUCAGUUACUCUCAGCUGUGAGUUCUGUCCAUCCCCCAGAGUGGUGCGCUGGUUCAAGGGAAGAACCCCCCUGUUUGCUUCCAAUAAGUACACAAUGAAGCGGGAAAAGAACCGGGUUGAGAUGACCAUCAUGGGUGUGAAAGCAGCAGAUUCAGGAGAGUAUCGCUGUCUGGCUGGUGGCUCAGAGACAAGAGGAAGAGUCAGUGUGGAAGUGAAAAGGUUGAAGAUCAUAAGACACUUAGAGCAAGUAGAGGUCGAGGAGGAUGGAACUGCAGUGUUCAGCUGUGAACUGAAUCAUGAGUCACCCAGUGUCCAGUGGCUGCUCAAUGACCGAGUCCUAUACACCAACUACAUCAACAAAAUCCAGAAUUCUGGAAAAGCCUACAGUCUGAUUUUAAAACGACUAGCUCCUCAAGAGAGCCGUGUAACAUUCAAAACAUUUGAUAUCAGCGAGUCUGCGUUCCUCAGGGUCAGAGAGAAGCCAGCAGUGUUUCUCAGGUCAUUGGAGGAUGUAGCAGGUGAGGAACGUGGUGAAAUCCUUUUGCAGUGUGACGUUUCCAAACCAUCAGUGACACCUGUCUGGAGAAAAGAUGGUGAAAUUCUGACCGCCAGUGAGAAGUAUGAGAUUCUCCAUGUGGGAAAGUCAUUGACUCUUAUAAUUCACAAGCUGAGAAAGGACGAUGGAGGAGAGUACAGCUGUGAUAUUGGCUGCAGCCAAACUAAAGCGAAAGUCAUAGUUCGUGACCUGCGCAUUACCAUUGUCAAACGCAUACGGACAACAGCUGUGCUGGAAGGGGAAAGCUGCAGCUUUGAGUGUGUCCUGUCCCAUGAUAUCAUUGAUGAAGCAUCGUGGAUUUUGAAUGGCCAGCUGAUUGUGAGCAAUGGAAGGAUCAUAAUCUCUAACAAAGGGUGCAAAUACACAAUGAGCAUUCAGGAAGUUACAAUAUCUGAUGCUGGCGAAGUGGUCUUCACCAUUAAAGAGCUCAGCUGCAGGACUAUGCUGUUUGUGAAAGAGAAACCUGUGAGAGUUUUUAGGGAUAUGCUAAAUGUUAAAGCAACACCUGGUGAAGAUCCAGAGCUCAGCUGUGAGAUCACGAAACCUGAUGCAACAGUUAAAUGGCUGAAAAAUGGGCGGCUAAUUAGAGUCAGCCCAAAAUAUGAAAUUACCCAAAAUAAUUAUCUGGUGAAGCUCAUCAUCCAUAAUGCAGCUAUAAUGGACUCAGGAGAGUACUGCUGUGAGGCUGAUGGGAUUGCUACAAGGGCGAGAUUAGAGGUCAGAGACUUGCAACAUACAUUUGCAAAGGAACUGAAGGAUAUGCGUGCAGAGGAGAAGGGUAUGGUGACCAUGGAGUGUGAAACCAGAAGGCCUGCAGCUACUGUGUCCUGGUUAAAAGGUCUAAUGGUGCUCAGCUCGGGACAGAAGUACAUGAUGAAGAAGAAGGAUGUUGUCCUCACUCUGACCAUCUUCAAUCUGGAGAAAAGUGAUAGUGCUGUCUACACCUGUGAUGUUGGGACAAUGCAGAGCAGGGCUUUACUUACAAUUCAAGGUCAAAAAGUGGUCAUUGUGGAUGAACUAGAAGAUAAAGAAUGUCUAGAAGGAGAUACCAUCACCUUUAAGUGUCGGAUCUGCCCAAGUGACUACACUGAUGUCAAAUGGUACCUGGAUGAGACCUUACUCUACACUAAUGAUCUUAAUGAGAUCAAGAUGAUACCUGGUGGAUACCACACUCUUACCUUUAAACAGCUUGCACGUAAAGACACCGGCACCAUCUCCUUCGAGGCUGGGGACAAAAGAUCAUAUGCAUCACUAUUAGUUAGAGAGAGACGUCCCACAAUUACUAAAGCAUUGGAAGAUACAGAAGCAAUUGAAGGAGGAAGUUUGGUGCUGUUGUGCAAGACCUCAAAGCCAUGCCAUAUUGUUUGGUACAAAGAUGGCUGUUUAAUCUGGAAUUCCUCAAAGUACUUAGUGAGUCGAUCUGGAAAUGAGGCCAGGCUGGCCAUCCAUGAUGUGAAAGACAGUGACGCAGGGUUGUACGAGUGCGAUGCAGGUUCUGUCAGCACAAAAGCCACCCUGACUGUUAAAGUUAUUCCUGCUGAGUUUACAAAAGCGCUUCAGAACCAAGAAGUCAAAGAGGGAGAGAGUGUAACGAUGAUGUGCGAAUACUCUAUACCCGGGGUCCAGUUUGUGUGGCGCAAAGAACCAGAGACGCUAAAAUCUAGUGAGAAGUACCACAUGAGGCAGAGGAAAUCUUGCAUUUCUCUUACAAUACACAAUCUGAAGCCAGAAGAUUCAGGGAAUUACACAUGCAUUUGCAGAGACCAAAGAACUAUGGCUACUCUUACAGUCAACGAGGUUCCUAUAUCAUUUAUUAAAGAGCUCAAGAACCAAGAGAUAGAUGAAGGUAAAAAUGUGACAUUACGCUGUGAGCUUUCUAAAGCUGGAAUCCCAGUGGAAUGGUUGAAAGGUGAACAAACUCUCUUGCCUGGGGAGAAGUAUCAGAUGAGGCACAUAGUCACCAUACUAGAGCUGGUAAUCAGAAAUCCAGUUCAUGAGGACAGUGGAACAUACAUCUGUGUGUGUGAUGAUCAAAGGACCAAAGCCAUUGUUAAAAUACGAACUCAACCUGUCACGUUCAAACAGAAGUUAAGAAAUCAAAUGGUUGAAGAGGGCAACAGUAUAAUCCUACACUGCGAGAUAUCCAAACCAGACACCCCUGUGCAGUGGAGAAAAGGAAGCAGCCUUCUCAGGUCUGGGGAAAAGUACAAAAUCAGACAGAGAGGCUGCAUGCUAGAGCUGAAGAUUUUUAAUUUGACGCAAGAUGAUAGCGGAGUCUAUAGCUGUACGAGCGAAACUGCUGAGACAUCAGCCAACAUCACAGUUAGCGCUCAACCUGUUACUUUUAAAGAUAAACUGAAAAACCUGGAAGCCGAGGAAGGGAACAUGGUAACAUUGCACUGCGAGCUUUCUAAAACCGGUGUCCCAGUAGAAUGGUGGAAUGGAGAGGAACUGCUCCAGCCUGGAGAGAAGUAUAAAAUGAGAGAACGAGGCACAUCAGUUGAGCUGAUCAUCUGUGAAGCCACGCCUGAAGACAGUGGAGUUUACAGAUGUGUCUGUGGAGACCAAAAGACCAAAGCUACAGUUAAAAUUGUUGGUGCUCCUGCUAGUUUUAAGCAAAACCUUAAGAACCAAGAAGCUCUGGAAGGCAAAUCUGUAACCCUUCACUGUGAGCUUUCCAAAGCUGGAGUACCUGUGGAAUGGUGGAGAGGAGAUAAACCGCUCCUUCCAGGGCCACAUUACCAGAUGAGGCUGGAUGGAAAGACUGCAGAGUUGAAAAUAACAAAUGUUUUCCCUGAUGAUGCUGGGAUAUACAGCUGUGUGACUGGAAGCCAAAAGACCACAGCUGAAGUGAAAGUCAAACCACUUCCAAUUACUUUCAAGCGAGAGCUUCAGAAUCAGAUAUCUACAGAGGGUAAGAGUGCAGUAUUUACCUGUGAACUUUCAAAGCCUGGUGCUCCAGUUGAGUGGAGGAAAGGUAGAGUGAUGCUGAAAAGUGGAGCCAAAUAUCAGAUGACGCUUGAGGGGCGACUAACCAAACUGCUGAUAAAUAAUCUAGUUGAGGGUGAUGCGGGAAAUUACACCUGCAAAACCAAAGAUUCACAAUCGACAGCCGAAUUGACGGUUCAAGGCUUACUUAAUUCUUGGCUUUCUAAAGGACUCCCUGCUAUCUUUAAAACAAAUUUGAAGAACCAAGAAACUCAGGAGGGGAACAGUGUCAAUCUGCACUGUGAACUUUCUAAGGCUGGAGUUCGAGUAGAGUGGUGGAAACGAGAAGAACUGCUCAAGACUGGAGAAAAAUAUCAGUUAAGACAGAAAGAAGCAACAGUAGAGUUGUUAAUAAGGAAGGCACAACCAGAAGACAGUGGAGUGUAUCGCUGCAUAUGUGGAGAUUACAAGACAGAAGCCACCAUCAGAGUUAAUGCUCUCCCCAUCACUUUCAAACAAGAACUUAAGAAUCAAGAAGGUGAAGAAGGGAACAACAUCACAUUGCGCUGUGAACUCUCUAAGGCCAGUGCUGAUGUGAAGUGGUUGAAGGGAGAUGAAGUCCUAAAGCAUGGUGAAAAGUACCAGUUGAGACAGAUAGCAACUAAAAUAGAGCUUGUUAUCAGAAAAGCCAUACCUGAAGACAGCGGAGUCUACUUUUGUGUAUGCCCUGAUCAGACAUCCAAAGCUACAGUUAAAAUCAAUGCUCUCCCGAUCACUUUCAAACAAAACUUGAGAAAUCAAGAAGUGGUGGAAGGAAACACAGUAGCUUUCCGUUGUGAGCUUUCCAAACCGGGAGCUACGGUGAAAUGGUGGAGGGGUGAAGAGGUGCUGCAGGGUGGAGAAAAGUACCUGAUGAGGAAUGAGGGACGGAUUGCUGAACUUCUUAUUAAAAAUGUCAACUCUGAAGAUGUCGACUUCUACAGCUGCACUACAGGAAAGGAAAAAACGACAGCGGAGGUCAAAGUUAGGGCUCUACCUGUCACUUUCAAACGAGAACUUCAAAAUGAAUUAACCAAAGAAGGUGGGCAAGCUGUGUUUAGCUGUGAGCUGUCUAAACCUGGCGCUCAAGUUGACUGGAGAAAAGGAAGAAUUAUUCUCAAGCCUGAUGAUAAAUAUGAAAUGAAGCAAGAGGGGACAUUCACUAAACUGGUCAUACAUAAUGUUGAAGCAAGUGAUGCUGGGAACUAUUCAUGUAAAACCAAGGAUUCUGAGUCAACUGCUGAGCUAACUGUUAAGGUUCCACCAAUCACUUUUAAAGUCAAGUUGAAAAAUCAGGAAGUUGAAGAAGAAAAUAAACUUGUGUUGCACUGUGAGCUCUCAAAAGCUGGAUGUCCUGUUGAAUGGAGGAAGGCGGAAGAGCUUCUUAGGUCAGGGUAUAAAUAUCAAAUCCAAGAACAUGAUGUUACAAGGGAGCUGAUCAUCACAAAGGCCAUGCCUGAAGACAGUGGAGUCUACAGCUGCAGUUGUGGGGAGCAGAAGACUAAAGCCACAAUCCGAGUAUUCGCCACACCAGUAACGUUCAAACAAAACCUGAAGAACCAAGAGGCCCCUGAGGGAGGUGUUGUUAUUCUGCAUUGUGAGCUGUCCAAAGCUGGGGUACCAGUAACAUGGUUAAAAGGGGAUGAGGAGCUCUGCAAUGGGAAUAGAUACAAGAUAAAGCAGGAGGGAUUGGUUGCCGAAUUACACAUUAAAAAUGUUCUUCCCAAGGAUGUUGGGGAAUACAGCUGCAUCGUUGGAGACCAGAAGACUACAGCUGAAGUUAAUGUUAGGGCUGCUGCCUCUGUGUUCUUUGAGAAAGAGCUUGAGAGUCAAGAAGCAAUGGAGGGGGACUCUGUCCUGUUUCGUUGUUUGCUCUCUAGCGAUAAUGCCCCAGUGACCUGGAGAAAAGAUACAAAUCAGAUCACACAGGGAGGGCGAUAUACCCUCCACCGUAAAGGUUCAACACAGGAGCUUGAAAUCAGGAAACUGAGAAUGCAGGAUGCUGGCAUGUACUCAUGUAGUGUCAGGGGCAAGAACACCUCUGCGACCCUCAGAGUGAUAGAGCGUGUGAGGAUUGUGAAAGCACUGCGUGACUUGACAGUAACUGCAGGUGAGAGCGCACACUUUGUGUGUGAGCUUUCACAUGAGAACAUCUUUGACAGGGUUUGGUGGCUUGGUUCCAAUGAACUUCAGGAGAACGAGAUGAACCAGAUGAGUGUCUGUGGUCGAGAACAUCACUUGAUGCUCACUAUGACCACAACCGAAGAGUCAGGUGUUGUGUCCUUUGUGGUGGGAAACGAAAAGACCUCUGCCCGUCUUCGUGUGAACAGCAAACCUACAGUUUUGAUAGAGGAGAGACUGAAGGACAUGACCAUUUUUGAGGAAGAUUCUGCCACCCUUUCCUGUGUGACUUCUGACACCUGCACACCUGUCACCUGGAAGCGAAAUAAUGUAACCCUGCUCUCCGGGGAAAAGUAUGAACCUCUGAAACACGGGAAACGUAACGUUCUUCUGAUUCAUAAAGUCAGAAAAGAGGAUGCUGGUAUUUACAUGUGCGAUACAGGAGACAUGCAGAGUAGUGCUACUCUUACAGUCAAAGAACGUCCUUUGUUUUUCUGCCGGGAGCUCCAAAAUCAAGAAGCAGAAGAGGGUGAGACUACUUUCUUGUGCUGUGAAUUGUCUCAACCUGGAGUUGAAGUUGAGUGGAAGAAGGGAGCAAUUCUUCUUAGGCCUGGUAACAAAUAUGAGAUGAAACAGGAUGGAUGUGAGCAGCAGCUACAGAUCAAUGACCUCACAAGUCAAGACAGUGGAGCCUACAGAUGUUGUGCCGAUGGCAUUGAGACAAGGGCUAGUAUUACUGUAAAAGAGCGUCCUUUAUUUUUCCAUGAAGAGCUCCAAAACCAAGAAACAGAAGAAGGUGAAUCAGCGUUCUUGUGCUGUGAGCUCUCUAAACCUGGAGUAGCAGUACAGUGGAAAAAGGGGGCAAUGCUGCUGAAGAAUGGACAGAAGUAUGAGAUGACGCAAGAGGGCAAUGAAGUACAACUUCAGAUCCAUGAUCUCACAAGUCAAGAUAGUGGUAUCUACAGAUGUUGUGCUGGCAACAUAGAGACACAAGCUAAUAUUAUUGUUAAAGAGCAACCUCUUUUCUUCUUUGAGGAACUCCAUAACCAGGAAGCAGAGGAGGGCGAGACAGCCUUUCUUUGCUGUGAGCUCUCUAAACCUGGAGUUGAAGUGCAGUGGAAGAAAGGGGCAAUACGAUUGAGACCGGGAGACAAAUAUGAGAUGAAACAAGAUGGCUGCAAAGUACAGCUUCAGAUCCAUGGCCUGACACGUCAGGAUAGUGGCAUAUACAAGUGCUGCUCUGGAAGCCUGGUAACCACAGCAUCCAUUGUAGUCAAAGAACAUCCUUUGUACUUCAUCAAGAUGCUUGAGUGUCAAGAAGCAGAAGAGGGCGAAACUGCUUUCCUUUGCUGUGAGCUUUCCAAACCUGGGGCUGCCGUACAGUGGAAGAAGGGAUCUGUGCUGCUAAAGCCUGGAAGGAAGUAUGAAAUAAAGCAGAAUGGUAGUGAACUGCAGCUUCAGAUCCAUGAGCUCACAAGCCAAGACAGUUGUGUCUACACAUGCUGUGUUGGUAGUCUAGUGACUUCAGCAUCUCUGGAAGUGAAAGAACAACCUCUGUUUUUCUGUGAGGAGCUCCAAAAGCAAGAAGUAGAAGAGGGUGAGACUGCCAUACUGAGCUGUGAGCUCUCUAAAUCCGGAGUGGAAGUGCAGUGGAGGAAGGGAACUGUUUUGCUUCGACCAGGAAACAAAUAUGAGAUGAAACAAGAUGGCUGUCUACAACAGCUUCAAAUAUAUGACCUAAAACAUGAAGAUAGUGGCUUGUACAAAUGUUGUGCUGGCAGUCUGGUGACAACUGCUUCACUUGUGGUAAAGGAACAUCGCUUGUUCUUUUCCAAGGAGCUCCAAAACCAAGAAGCAGAGGAGGGUAGGACAGCAAUAUUUUGCUCUGAGCUCUCUAAACCUGGAGUUUCUGUGCAGUGGAAAAAGGGAACAGUGCUUUUGAAGCCUAGUAACAAAUAUGAAAUUAAAGAAGAUGGCUGUCAACUACAGCUUCAGAUACAUGAGCUAACAGCUCAGGACAGUGGGGCCUACAAAUGCUGUGCUGGUAGCCUUGUCACAACUGGAUCUCUUGUGAUAAAAGAAAAGCCAUUGUACUUUUCUGAGGAGCUCCAGAACCAAAAAGCAGAGGAGGGUAAGACAGUCACAUUGCACUGUGAACUUUCUAAACCUGGAGUUUCAGUGCAUUGGAAGAAGGGAACAUUUUUGUUGAAGGCUAGUAAAAAAUAUGAUAUAAAACAGGAUGGCCGUGAACUACAGCUUCAGAUCAAUGAGCUAACAACUCAUGACAGUGGGGCCUACAAAUGUUGUGUUGGGAACCUGGUCACAACUGCUUCUCUUGUGGUAAAAGAACAGCCAUUGUUCUUCUCUGAGGAGCUCCAAAACCAAGAAGCAGAGGAGGGUCACACAAUUACAUUGCACUGUGAGCUCUCUAAACCAGGAGUUUCAGUGCAGUGGAAAAAGGGAACAGUGCUUUUAAAGCCUAGUAAAAAAUAUAUAAUUAAACAGGAUGGCCAGCAGCUACAGCUUCAGAUCCAUGAGCUAACAACUCAGGACAGUGGGGUGUACAAAUGUUGUGUUGGGAGCCUUGUCACAACUGCUUCUCUUGUGGUAAAAGAACAUAGCUUGUUCUUUUCUGAGGAGCUCCAAAACCAAGAAGCAGAGGAGGGCAAGACAGCCACAUUGUGCUGUGAGCUCUCUAAAUCUGGAAUUUCAGUGCAGUGGAAGAAGGGAACAGUGCUUUUGAAACCUAGUAAAAAAUAUGAGAUAAAACAGAAUGGCCGUCAGCUACAGCUUCAGAUCCAUGAUCUAACAGUCCAGGACAGCGGGGACUAUAAAUGUUGUGUUGGAAACCUGGUGACAACAGCUUCUUUUGUGGUAAAGGAAAAGCCAUUGUUCUUCUCUAAUGAGCUCCAAAACCAAGAAGCAGAGGAGGGUACGACAGCCAUAUUGUGCUGUGAGCUCUCUAAAUCUGAAGUUUCAGUGCAUUGGAAGAAGGGAACAGUGCUUUUGAAACCUAGUAAAAAAUAUCAGAUAAAACAGGAUGGCUGUCAACUACAGCUUUGUAUCCAUGAGCUAACAACUCAGGACAGUGGGGCCUACAAAUGUUGUGUUGGAAGCCUUCUGACUACUUGCUCUGUUACGGUGAAAGAGCAACCAAUAUUCUUUUGCAAGAACCUCCAAAGCCUUGAAGCAGAGGAAGGUAAGACAGUCACUCUGAUCUGUGAGAUCUCAAAACCUGGAGUUGCUGUGCUUUGGAAGAAGGGAACAGUGUUGCUAAAACCUGGAAACAAGUAUGAAAUGAAACAAAAUGGCUGUGUGCUACAACUCCAUAUACGUGACCUGAAAAGUGAUGAUAGUGGCUCUUAUACAUGUUGUACUGGUAGUGUGGUGACAACUGCUUCUCUUGUGGCAAAGGAACAUCCCUUGUUCUUCUCUAAGGAGCUCCUAAACCAAGAAGCAGAGGAGGGUAAGACAGUCACAUUGUACUGCGAACUCUCUAAACCAGGAGUUUCUGUUCAGUGGAAGAAGGGAGCAGUAAUACUUAAACCUUGUAAAAAAUAUGAGAUUAAACAGGAUGGCCACCAACUACAACUUCAAAUCCAUGAAGUAACAGCUCAGGACAGUGGGGUCUACAAAUGCUGUGCUGGAAGCCUGGCAACUAAUGGUUCAAUUAAAGUGACAGAGCAACCUUUAUUCUUCUGCAAGAAUCUUCAAAACCUUGAAUCUGAAGAAGGUGAAACUGCAUUCCUGACAUGUGAGCUCUCAAAACCUGGAGUUGUUGUGCAGUGGAAAAAGGGAUCAGUGUUGCUAAAACCAGGAAACAAGUAUGAGAUGAAACAGAAUGGCUCUGAAUUACACCUUCAAAUCCAUGAUUUAAAAUGUCAGGACAGUGGUGUCUACAAAUGCUGUGCUGCAAAGAUGGAGACAAAAGCUUCUGUUGUUGUAAAAGCUCCACCUAAAAUUAAAGACAUCCCUCAAGCCCCACCAAGAGUAAAAGGAAAAAACAUUAUGGAAGAAACACACAGUGGUCUAGAUCAUAAGAAACAAGCUGCAUUCAUUGAGGAAUCAGAUAUCUCUAUCUUAGAUCCAUCAGAGGUUCACUUCCAGGAUCUCUGUGAGAAACCGACAGAUGACCAGGAAGUCAAGACAAAAUCAUUGGUGGGACAAAAGGGAGAAGAUUUGAGUUCCAAAAUGGUUAUCAGUGAGUCUAGUUGCACCAUGGGAGAACAUGAAAUUUCUUCUCUUGCAACCAAUGUACAUGAAGAACAAGGAAAAAAGGAGUUGGACACAAAUUCAAAAUGGGUAACUAAGAUUUCUGUGGACCAGCACAAUGAAGAGACCUCAGGGCAAGUUCAGAAAAAAACUCCAAGCAUAGAUACAAGUGAACAGAGCAAGGAACCAUCCAGAGAGGUUCCCCUGCCUCCACCGCGGUCAAAGGGUAAGGCCACACAUCCAGAUGAUUCACUCCAAGACCAGCACAGUAUUAAAGAGCCAACUCUUGAUAACAGAGGCAAGAAACAAGAUGUUGUCAUUGAGGCUACUGUGGAUACCACAAAGGCAUCAAAGCAUGUUGACCUAACAGUGUCACUCCCUAAAGAGAAUGUCUCCCAGCUACAUGUUGAAACCAAAAGGCAACCCUAUGUUUUGGAAGCAAAGAUCCAAGAUAUGGACAUAAAACUAUGUGUGGAUACAACUUUGAAGAUAUCCGAACAUGGUUUAAAUACCCCAGUCUUCAAAGAGAUAACAGCGAAACACAUUGAAUCAUCUCAUUUAGAACAACCAUGUCAUUUAGAGGGAAAUAAUCAGUAUAUCAAACAGAAAUCAACUGUAAACAAGGAACCAAAGAAAGAGCAAAUUGUGAGCAAGGAAACAGAGUUGGAAGAAUUUGCCCCGCAGACAAAUAAAAAUAAGGAACCAAAACAGAAAUCAUUGGAUAAGAAUGUAGCACAUGAAAAUCAAAAUGUCCAAUUUGAAGAGAGAUCAGAAAUUAAAAAGGUUCAAUCCAUGGAUGAACAUCAAGGACAGAUAACAAAGAAUAUUACAGAACCACCAAGUAUUGCAAUUACAAGCCAGAAACCUAAAAAGCCAAUCCUUUGUGCACAAAGAGACUCUUCAAUGCCUGUUAGAGAUGUGCAGAAGGAAUUAAAGGCAGGUGAACUGAAUUCACCACACAUUGAUAGUGGAGAACAGAAACAUGUCCAGCAGGUUGUGGAUAAACAUCAUGGAAAAGUGCCAAAGCAUGUUACAGAAAAAGCAACACAUAUUGCCAUUACAAGCCAGAAAUUCAAAGAAGAAAUAAUAACUGCAGUUAAAACUACAGCAAUUAAAGAUGUGCAGAAAUAUUCAGAGGAAGGUGAACUGAAUUUACCACACACUGAUAGUGAAGAUGUGAAAAAUGUGAAGCAAGCUCUGGAUGAAGAUAAGGUUAAAGUACGAAAGCCUGUUACAGGAAAAGCAACAAAUAUUGCAAUUGCAAGCAAGUUCAAAGAAGAAAUUAUUCCUGCAGAGAAAGCUACAACAAUGUCCAUUAGGGAUGUGCAAAGGGUUUCACAGGAAGUGGAACCAAACAUACAACACAUUGAUAGCGGAGAUGAGAAAAACGUGAAGCAGGUCAUAGAUGAACAUAACGUAAAAGUACCAAAGCAUGUUAAGGAAAAGACUCCAAGCAUUACAAGACAGCAGUUAAGAGAACAAAUAAUUCCUCCAAAGAAAACUAUAACAAUAUCUUUUAGGGAAGUGCAGAAGGCAGCACAGGAAGUUGAACCAAACUUACCACACAUGGAUGAUAAAGAUCAGAAAAAUGUGAAGGAGGUUGUCAUUGAAGGACAGAAGGAAGAUGUUUCCAGAGGAUUGAGCUCUCAACCCGAGGAGAUGAUGCCAGAGCAGAUCACUAGUGUGGAUCCUGACAAACAGAAGAGUUUAAAAGCAGAACAAGGUGGUCCUGGUAUAGAUAUAGAUUUUGAAGAUGAGCCAGAGAUGCUUGAGGCUGCGAUUAAAAUACAAGCUGCUUUCAAAGGUUACAAAACUAGAAAGGACAUGCGGCUCAUCUUUAAAGAAGUGUUCAAGAACCAGAAUAUUAAUCUUGGUGGCACUGCAUUCAUGGAGUGUGUUGUAGAAGGUAAAAUAAGCACUGUGCGUUGGCUUAAAGAUGGAGUAACUCUCAAGCCUGGGGAAAGGCACAAAAUCACCCAUAAUGCCUAUGGAAGGUGUCUUCUAGAAAUUUCCAGCUUUACAAACAAAGAUGCUGGAAUCUACACAUGCGAAGUUGCAAACAAGUUUGGAGCAGUUAGUUAUAAUGGGAACGUGAUGGUGGGUAAACCACAGAAGCCAUCACAAACAAUUCAGACUGCACAAACACCAAGUACAGAAAUUGUCACUGAGAAAGAGGUUUUGCCAACAAUUAACACGGAAGAGGAGUCAUUGAGACUCGUCUAUGACCUACCGGCAGAUGACACCUACAGCAAGAUCCAGGAGAAAAGGAGAAGUCUAAUUUCAGUCAGCUCUAUAUCCUGUUACUCAGAUUAUGACACAGCCCCAGAUGUUGAGACAGACUACCAAUCUAGAGGUAAAGAGGCAAAGAAGGCAAAAACUGAGGUUUCUACUACUCUGACUUCUAAAGAAGAAAACAUAAUUAGUGUACAAUCCCCAAAGAAUACAGACCAGCUAAAAGUGAAAGGUGGCAAUUCACAGAGCCAGACACCCUCACCCAAACGCAUUCAUUCCUACAAGUCCUCUGCAAAUGCUGAGUCGUUCUCUGAGUCAGAUGGAGAUGAUGAUAGAGGAGAGACCUUUGAUAUUUAUGUAGCCAAAAGUGAUUGUCAGCCUCUGGGAGGAAACAAAGAGGCUUUUGUACUAAAGGAAGGUCAGUUUGUGGAGGUCCUGGACUCAGCCCAUCCUGUGAGGUGGCUUGUCCGUACAAAGCCAACCAAGAUCACACCAUCCCGUCAAGGCUGGGUAUCCCCGGCGUACCUAGAAAAGAAGACAAGGGAAAUAUUUUCCUUGGCCCAUGAAGCAGAGACUAAAGAAUCCCCUGAGAAAGGCAAAACACUUUUUACAAAGGAUGAGCACAGUUUGAUCCAAAGUCGCUUGAUCAAGGGGUUACUUGAUGGUGAGAAUAAUUUUGUGCGUGAGCUGAACUUCUUUGUGGAGCACCAUUUACAAUACUUAGAGACAAGCACUCAAGUUCCUCUCACCAUCCUAAGUCAAAAAGAGUACAUUUUCCGCAAUAUCAGAGAUAUUGCAAGUUUCCAUGAAUGCUGUAUUCUCCCUAAGCUGGAGAUGUGUUUCUCAGAUGAUGAUGUAGCCCAGUGUUUUGUCAGUUAUGCACUGGACUUUGAGAUGUAUCUCCAGUUCAUUACAGGCCUGCCCCAAGCCGAGGCUUGCAUCUCAGAAAAAAACACACAGCAUUUCUUCAAGCAAUAUGCAAACACAGAGUUGGCACAUUUGGAUACGCAGGUCUUCAAUGUUAGCACAUAUUUGCAGAGACCCAUGGAGAGAAUUCAAACGUACAAAAAUGUACUUAAGGAGCUGAUCAGAAACAAAGCAAAAAGCGGACAGAACUGUUGCCUGCUGGAAGACGCCUUUGCCAUUGUUUCCAGCUUGCCUUGGCGUGCAGAGAACUUGCAUCAUCUGUCCAUGAUUGAGAAUUACCCUGCACCUCUCAAGGGGCUUGGAGAACCCAUUAGACAGGGCCAUUUUACAGUAUGGGAGGAAAUUCCUGAGGUCAAAAUCUCUCAAAGAGGACAUCACCGCCACGUCUUUCUCUUCAAAGAUUGUAUUGUCUUCUGCAAGCCGAAGAGAGAACUUGGCACAUACACUGAGGCCUACAUAUUCAAGAAUAAGAUGAAGCUGAGUGAUAUUGAUGUAAAGGAUACAGUGGAAGGAGAUGACAGGUCAUUUGGUCUUUGGCACGAGCACCGGGGAAUGGAGAGAAAAAUCAUUCUGCAAGCUCGAUCCAUCCUCCUCCGCCUCUCCUGGCUCAAAGAUCUGAGAGACCUGCAGCAGCGCAGCAAACAGCCCACUUGGACUGCCCCAUGCUUUGAGCAGCAUCUUAGUGACUAUCCAGCAAAGCUUGGACAAAAUGUAAAACUGGUCUGCAAAGUCACUGGUACACCAAAACCAGUAAUAAAGUGGUAUAAAGAUGGUCAUGCUGUGAAAGAAGACGAGCAUCACAUUACAUCAGAAGGACAGUUAGGUGCUUGUUAUCUUGUACUGACUGGUGUCAUAGAGGCGGACUCAGGUCAAUACAUGUGUUAUGCAACCAAUCAUGCAGGGAACGCAAGCACUCUGGCUAAUAUCAUGAUUGAUGUACCUCCAAGUUUUACAACCAGACUACAGAACUCAGUGCUUGUAAAGGGACAAGAUGUGCAGUUCAGGUGCUCCACACAAUCUGCUCCUUUACCAUCAAUAAGGUGGUUUAAGGAUGGCAUUCAGCUUGAGGAUAACCGGAAACACCAGAUUCAAUCUGAUGUUCAAAGAGGAAUUCUCACUCUCACUAUAAAGAGAGCUGAAGAGGCAGAUCUAGGUCAAUACCAGUGUGAGCUAAAGAAUGAAGUGGGCAGUGCCAAGUGUAAAGCUGAACUCUGCCCUCCAGCACCAUUACCUGUGACAGUCAGGACCCAAAAGCAAUCACAAACUACCCCAACUCCAGAUCCCCACUCAGAUGGUUGGUCAAGUUCCUUUGUGAAGAACCUGUUUCAUAUACUCUUUCAGACUGGAAACCCCGAAACAUCUGCUGCUGGUGUUGAAGACGCACAAACACUUAAAGAACAGGACGACAUGGAGAGGCAGGUACAGACGGCACAGGAAGAGGGACACGUGGAGCCUGAGGAACACUUUUACUCAGACACAGAGGGGGAAUUUCUGACAGAGCCUCCAGCUGUGCAAGUGGCCAUUGAAGACCUGACAGUCCGGCCUGGUCAGCCUGCAACAUUCUCUGCCAUUAUUACUGGCCAGCCCACCCCAGAUAUACAGUGGUUUAAGGAUGACCAGGAAAUCCUAUCCAAUGACUACACAGAAAUAUGUCAAAGUAAUGCCCGUUGCUCUCUGACUUUGCUAAAUACUCAAAUAGAGGAUUGUGGCACCUACAGCUGCAUAGCUAUUAAUAGUGCAGGACAAGCAUCUUGCCUCGCCAAACUCCGUGUUGACACAGGUGAGUUGGAUGAGGAAGAAAGAGAAGUGGAGUUUGGAAAAAGACGGAAAUUACAUUCUGUAUAUGAUGUUCAUGAAGAGAUAGGGAGGGGCACUUUUGGAGUGGUUAAAAAAGUCACACACAAGGCGAAUGGUGAAUGUUUUGCUGCUAAGUUCCUUCCACUCAGAAGCAGAACACGGACCAGAGCAUUCCAGGAGAGAGACCUACUGUCCCGUCUAGCUCACCGCAGACUAGCGUGCCUCUUGGACUUUUUCACCACAAGACGCACACUGGUCUUGGUUGUAGAAUUAUGUUCUACACAGGGGUUACUUGAUCAUUUGUUUUUAAAGGGAUCAGUUUCAGAGAGGGAGGUCCAAUUAUAUAUUCAGCAGGUUCUGGAGGGCAUUGGAUACAUGCACAGUUUGAACAUCUUACAUCUGGAUAUCAAAACAGACAAUAUCCUAAUGGUGUCCCCUGCGAGAGAAGACAUAAAAAUCUGUGAUUUUGGCUUCUGCCAAGAAAUUGACAACUCCAGACACCAGUACAGCAAGUUUGGGACACCUGAGUUUGUUGCGCCAGAAAUUUUCCACCAAGAACCUGUGACAGUAACCACUGAUAUCUGGUCUCUUGGUGUGGUUACUUACUUAUGUUUAACAUGCCACUGUCCUUUCUUCGGGGAGAAUGACCGUUCCACACUGAUGAAGGUCGCUGAGGGCAUGGUGUACUGGGACACACCUGAGAUCACAAGCAGAAGUGUGGAGGCACAGGACUUCUUACAUAGGGUUCUACAACCAGACCCAGAAAUGAGACCCUCUGCAUCUGAGUGUUUGAGUCACGAGUGGUUUCAGGUUGGUAAUGAAGAACCUGAGGACAUAAAUACCAAAAAUCUAAAAUCUUUUAUUUCAAGAAGAAAAUGGCAGCGUUCCUUGACAUGUCUCGGCUCUGUUCUGACUUUGAGACCAAUCCCAGAGUUGUUGGAGGCUCCUCUGCGUGACGUUUCGAUUACAGCUACAAGGGAAACCCAGGAGCCCAGCAGCACCUCCCUAAGUAGUGGAUCCUCCUCAGAGUUUGAUGAAGCAGAUGCUUGGGACUUCUUCCAACAGGUGAGCCAGGAGGAUGAAGAUGAUCUGGAAGAAGAGGAAGAAUAUGAGCCAUACACUCCUGUGUCAAAGAUGCCCACAGUUUUAAAACUGGAUGAAGAAGAUAUGCUUAUUGGUAAGGACCGUUUUCACAGCGGCCCACUGGUGAUUCCCACGACCGCACCAUCAACAGAGCCAGUCAGUUUGGAGAGGACAGACAGUAGCCCCUAUCUUCACCUCUCUGAAAGAGAUGAAGGAUUGGAUCCCAUACCACGUCGUAGCCUCAUUAAGAGCACUUUUUAUUGCAGCUCUGAGCAGCUCUCACCCAUGUCUGCUCGUCACAUGACGCUUCGGGAUAAAAUUCAAGCUAAAAAGCAAGAGCGUGGCCGUAAACCCCUCCGUGCCAGCCUCUCCGGCAGGUUAAAUGAGCCCCUCAUAGAGUAUGUAGAAGAUUCCCCAGACUUAGAAGCUAAUCGUAACCAAAAAAGAGGAUCAAUGCAUUCAUCUAUCCUCAAGUCAAGCUCAUUUGAUAGUGGAGUGAGUGCUGCCCAUCCAAGCAUACACACCCAGAGAAGAAGCAGGUCAUUAGAUGUAUACACACAACGCUCUUCGACUUCAAUUGAGCCAACAGUGCAAGGAGAGGAGGAUGAGCAUGACGUUGAAGAAAGCCAGAAACCAGAUGUCACUGAUGAAGAAGAGGAAAAAACUGAAGAAGUCCAAGUGAGAAGGAAACUUUGCCGUCGCUCUGCGUUUUUGUCAAAGAAGGGCCCAUUAAUUGUGAGAAAGGUCAGAGCACAGGUUCAUGAGCCUGAAGAAGGACAUCAGCCAGCCUUGCAAAGUUCUUGUGAGGAUGACAACCAGUUGCAGGUCACGGAAACAGACACAAGAAAUUUAGGUGAUGAGGAGAGUGUGGAUGGCUCACAGCUUUCACUAGCAUGUUCACUUGACCACGGUUCAGAAGCUUCUAGCAGGAUAGGCUCACAUGAAGAACUCUCCCACAGACACCACCAUGAAGAGAGCUUGAUCGCUCGAUCCUCUGGAAAAACAUCUCCAUGCUCUUUACUGCAAGACUCUGAGGAUGAAGACAUGGAGAGGGUCCUGAGAUCUCUUCGCCAGGACCUCCCAAAAAUCCCGCCAAGACGGCGCAGCAACAGUUCAAGCUCUGGACUAAAUGAGAUGUGCAAUAGGAGUGACAUCCUUCUGAGAAGACGCUCCUCUGCAGUUCCUGUUCAGGCUGCAGUAGCAGGACAAGAAAGCAUAGAAUUACUUCAAAGACAUGCCUCAGCCCCAGCUCUUCAAGCCAAACCUCCUAGUGGGAAAACUUCCAAGGCUGGAUUCAUGAAGAUCUUCCAUAAACAUUCGUGGGCUAGCCAUUCUUCUCCUCAACUAGAAGGCUCGGAAAAGAAGCAAACAGAAGGAGCAUCCUCACAACCCAAGAGUCCUCUUCUAACUCUGAGGAAGAAGAUGCGAGCUUCAGCCUCUAGCAUAACAAAACUGUUUACCCGACAGCCCAGCAAAGGGGAUGAAGAGAAGAAGAAAGGCGGACCAAUUGUGAAGAACUCCUCCCCUGUCAUACCAGAGAAAAUGACCACAGUAAUGACCACCUCAUCCGAAAGUCCUCAGAAGAAGUCCAAAUUGUUCUUGCUGAAUGUGCCGAUAUUUAAGAAGACCAAAGUCAAACCAUCCAGGCCAGAUGUCAUUCAGCUAGCAGGGGGAGGAGCGCUUGUGUUCUGGAAACCUCUGCCAUCAAAAGAACUUGUCACAUAUUGCAUUCAGUAUAGUGUAAAUGGUGUGGAGUGGAGAAUGUUGGCAGAGAAUGUUACAGACAGCUGUUUUACAGUAAAUGCCCUUCCGAGAGGACUGGGAUAUAUGUUCAGAGUAUCCCAUAACACCAAGACAGGGUUGGCACCUUUUAGUGACCCUUCACCACCAGCCUUUAUGGCCACACCUUAUGAAGAAUUUCACAAUCCUCUCAUUAAAAUGGAAUCUAUUGGGUCAAAGGUCACUGUACCUGGAGGUCUUGGCACUGACAAAUCUUACAGCUUCCUUUCUGAAAUCAACAGAGGCCGUUUGAGUGUGGUAAUGCAGUGUGAGGAUAGUCGCAGCUCUCAGAUGUUAGCCGCUAAGAUAACACUUUACAGACCAGAGCAGAGGCAGUUGGUUUUAAGGGAAUAUCAACUGCUUCGCCGACUGAACCACCAUCGAAUCGUCCAGCUGCAGUCAGCCAUCCUCACCCCCACCUUCCUGGUGCUUAUAGAGGAACUGUGCUCAGGACGAGAGCUUCUUUAUAACCUUGCAGAAAGGACUCUAUAUUCAGAAACACAGGUGACUAACCUACUAGAGCAGAUUCUGAGUGCUGUGGAUUACCUGCACAGCAGACGCAUUGUACACCUGGACCUAAAGUCGGACAACAUGCUUGUGACAGGCCGGAAUGUAGUGAAGAUUGUGGAUUUGGGCUCUGCUCAGCCCUUCACUCCAGGACAGGCACUAAACAUUGAACACAUCAAAGAAAUAACAGAUAAUAAAGUUAUUUUUUGGUUCUGUUUGUUAGGUUAUAUUGUCCUUCCUAAAGCUCCUGAAAUAUUAGAAGGACAAGGAGUUGGACCUGAAACUGAUAUCUGGGCUGUCGGUGUUUUGGCUUUUAUAAUGUUGAGUGCAGACAGUCCCUUCCAUGCUGAUAUAAAUUGGGAGAGGGAUCGAAACAUCAAAAAAGGCAAGAUCCAGUUUAAUCGUUGUUACCCAGGUCUCUCAGAGGGAGCCAUUAACUUUAUGAAGAACACCCUGAGCAACAAAGCCUGGGCAAGACCUACAGCUGCAGAGUGCCUCCAAAACCCCUGGAUACAAGGAGACCGUCCACCCUCCAAACACACUGACUCUGUGGUCUGCUUCUCAACAGACAAGCUGCAGGCCUAUCUCAGGGAACGAGAGGUCAAGCGAGACCACGUCCGCACAAAAAUUAAUCUGCCCUUUCCAUAAUUCAAGGGACAAACAUUUUUGGAGGCUGACAGUGAUGUGUGGAACUGACAUGCUUUUUGUAGUUUUCGAAAAGCUGUGCUGCUCUCCCACAAGGAAAGAGUAUGAUAAAAAAGCUGUAAUGAUAAUCAAUUAUAUUUCUUUCGAUAUAACAUUAACACAUGCAAUCAGGCAAUCUGCACAACAUGGCUUCAGUUGUUGCUUUGUAAUAAUUCAAAAAUGACUUAAUUUCCAUAAACACCGUUUUACAGUAGAUUAAAUAAAUGUCAUUUAUAUAGCUCAGUGGUAAUGGGGCUUUUGCAUUUCUAUCUAUCUAUCUAUC